CCAGCCCGGGAGCCAUGGACGCGGCGCAGCGAGCUGCGCUCCUCACCGCCUCCUGCCUCAGGACACCCGUGAACCCGCGCACCAGGGCGCCGCUGGCUCUGUACGAGCGGGAGAGGCGCCCGCCGGCCGCGGCGGAACAGCAGGAUGAGUUUGACUUGGACUGUAAUACUGAGAGACAGCAAAGCCCGACUCUAAGUGGGGACUGUGAGGACUGGAUAGACUUUCCCAAAAUGUGCCACUCAAAUCAGGAAUAUUACUUGAAGCUGGAAGAGCUGAAGAAUGCCCACCUGGAGACAAUGGCAAAACUGGAAAACAUGUAUCAGAAUAAGCUGCAUUUGAAAGGAGUACAGCCCCUGGACAAUAAGGAUGCUGCUCCUAGUUUGUGUUAUAGAUCAAUAUGGGAUAAGAGCUCAUUUCGGCCUCUGAAUUUGCAUAAAUCUUUUUCUGAGCCUGACUUAAAUGAUCUAUCCUAUUCAAGUUUAUCUGAUGGGUCUGAUGCAGAAUUAGAGUUGGAAGAAGAAAAUGGUAGUGAAACUGAGUCACUGAGAUUUGCUAAGGAGCAGAUCGAAAAAAUGUGGGAUGGGUUUUCUGUGGAGGACUAUGUCUAUCACACUAAACGUAGCUUACCAAAUUCACCAACGUUCAGAAUGAUGGGAAAGAAGCAGAAAGAGUGGUCACCAAAGGUCACUGUGCCUAAGCCUUUCCAGAUGACUAUUCGAGAAGCUAAGAAAAAACAACAGAAUGUCAAAUCAAAGUCACAGAUAGAAAUGGAAAAUAGUUUAUUGAAGAAACAACUAGAGGAAGAAGCAGAGUGUCAAAAGAAAUUCAGAGCCAAUCCUGUGCCUGCUUCUGUCUUCCUUCCGCUCUAUCGUGAAAUAAUGGAAAGAAAUGAAGAACGCAGGAAGUUUGUGAAAGAGAGAAGCAAAGAUAUUCUUUUAGCCUCUCAGAGACCAUUUCAGUUUAUCAAGAGGGAGGAGCAAAGGAAAGAAAUUAGGGAAAUGCAAUUAAAAGACCUUUCAUUGCCUGAAAAAAAACCAAAAUUAUUCCAAGCAAAACCUGUCCCUAAAUCUGUUUACAGUCAAGCCAUUAAUGAUAAGUUAAAAGAAGAAGAGCUCUAUAGAGAAAUUAGGAUCCAAAUGAGAGCUGAAGAGUUGCUACGUAAUUCUUCUCUUCCCAACAGCAGACUGGCUAGUAGAACUAUCAAUAAACAGAGGAAACAAAAAGAAGAACUGGAGCAUAAACCAAGGCUCAAAUCUAGGGUUCCAGACUUUGAAACACUGCACCAGAAAUUCCAGAAUAGGCUCCUAAAACAGAAACACGUGAAACACAUCACAGUUUGUGAACCCUUCAAUCUUCGUACUCCACGUAUCCCAUCCAACAAAGGGAAAAUUCUGCAGGACAUUCAAGCAGAUGAAGAAACAUUAAAAGAAACACGCUGGCCAUAUGCCUCCCCAAGAUGUAAACCUCGAACAAGGUGUUCAAGUGCAAAUUCAUCUCCUUUGGGACCUGAGGAAUCUAAAACUCCAAGAAUCACAGAGUCUACCAAAAGACGAAUACAAGCUAUAAGGAAAUCCCUUGAGGAAAAGAGAAAGCUGGAAGAAGAGCAAAAAAGGAUCAGAGCAAAGCAGAAACAAAGAGUGAAAAAACUGCAAAAACUUAUAACAACCCGGGCUGAGGCCAAUGACCCACAUCAGAGCCUAGCUCGGAUGUCUAAAUCCAAAUUAAAAAUAAUCAGGAAUCAUGAGAAGCAAAGAAUGCAAGAGUAUCUGCGGGAGCGGGAAGAAAUGGAAGAAAGAGUAAAGCAGAGGCCAUUGCUUUUGGAAAGAGCCACUCAGAAGAAUGCCAGAAUAGCAGCAGAAAAGCAUUACUCUGAUAUACUGAGAGAACUGGGGAUUUGUGAGGACUUCCUUUCAAAAAAACGUCAAACUGCUAAAUUGCUGGACCAGUCCAAUGCUAAAGGCUUUGGAAGCUGCAUUGAAGACAGAGAAAGUCUUAAUGAAGAUAAAGUUCAAGAAAGAGAAUCCUGUGAUGGGAAGAAAGCACAUCCUCACUAUGACCAAUCCUGUGAGGAGGCGGAAGAGGAGAAAGCAAGCUCGGAGUCUCACCAAUCCUGUGAGGAGGAGGCAAGCUCGGAGUCUCACCAAUCCUGUGAGGAGGAGGAAGAGGAGGAGGCAAGCUCAGAGUCUCACCAAUCCUGUGAAGAGGAGGAAGAGGAGAAGGCAAGCUCUCAGUCUGAUCAUGAUGAUGAGGGUGUUGUGGAAUGUGGGGAGGAUAAGUAUGAAGAUGGUUUAGAAGAAAAACCUAGUAAUGCUGAAGCUAACUGAAAGGAAGGAAGGCAGACUUACUUCUCUUACUGCCUUGGAGCUCAACACACAUUUUACUGCUGGCAAUGGGUAUACUAAAGAAAAACCUGACUCUUGGUGCUAUGGGCAUUUUGAACUGCAUACGUGUAGGUCUUGUGUGAAUUUCCAUUUGUCCGCAUAAUAUAACUUCUAAUGCUGAAUUUGCUUUUUUUUCCAGUAAGAAAACAUUAUCAUUACUCAUUUCCAUUAGCAGUUGCACUUGUCAGUGUAUGCUUUAUUCUACACUUUCAUUGCAUGAGCGCAUUUCUCUGUUCAGAAAUACUAACCACAGUUUAAAACUCACUUCUUCCAUUCCUGUUGGCUAAUACUUAGGCUUUUACAUUUUCAGCUCUUUGCCUUCAUCCUGACAAAAUAAGGUGGGAAGCAGUCAUCAGGAAGGAGAAACAGUGGCAUUACUCCAUAAGCAAAGAUCGUAGAGAAACAUUACCUCUCAUUUCAGUACUUCUAGGAUCUGCUCAGUUUUAACCAGCCCUGAAUACAUUUUCCCAUUAUGGCAGUGGAAAUUUGGGUAUAACUCUCAUUAUGGAUGAUGAUGGGAAUUACUUGUGUAAAUCCUCUGGCCAUCAUUGGCCAAGUGGUAGCCAGGGACACCAAAGUGCCAACUUACUAUGCAGUUGGACUGUCCUUGCAACUGCUUAAUGAAUGCUCCUUUUAAUAUUAUUUAUUAAUAGCACCCCGCAUACUAAGGGUCUUGGGACACUGAACAGGAUAACAAAACCAUGACUAAUAUACAAUAAACACAUACAGAGCCCCUCAUUAAACUUCUAUGGGACUUUGUAAUGCUAAAAGAAGGGAGGGGGAACGAAUUUGUAGCAUGAACUUCAGAAGCAGUAUUUGUAUUUUUGUUAGACUGUGGAUUAUGUAUUAGAACAAAUGUCUAAUCCAGGGGUAAGCAACCUAUGGCACUUGUGCCGAAGGUGGCACGCGAGCUGAUUUUCAGUGGCACUCAGACUGCCCAGGUCCUGGCCACCGGUCCAGGGGGGCUCUGCAUUUUAAUUUAAUUUUAAAUUAAGCUUCCUAAACAUUUUUAAAACCUUAUUUACUUUACAUACAAUAGUUUAGUUAUAUAUUAUAGACUUAGAGAAAGAGACCUUCUAAAAAUGAUAAAAAUGUAUUACUGGCACACGAAAUCUUAAAUCAGAGUGAAUAAAUGAAGACUCGGCGACCACUUCUGAAAGGUUGCCCGACCCUUGGUCUAAUCAAAGCUCCAAAAUUGCGUUCUCUGUAUAUCAUCUUUAAUCUCUUUUAAGAACCAUUCCAAGAUCACGUGAAAUAAUUCAUUAUAAUGUAAUAAUGCAGAUUAAAACUAAUGUUCGUUAGUUUCUUUAUUGAGAUAGUUAACAGAUGCUGUAAAUCAAGAAAUUAUUACAUGUGUGAAAAAUACAACACUUGCAGCUGUAUUUAAUUAUUUUUUUUGAGUGAAUAGUAGAAAAGGGGUUUAGUAAACUUAAGUAGUCUUUCUCCUUGUAUUUGCUACUCAGCCCAUCAGCGUUCUUAGGCUACUCCUGAAAUAAGAACCCAAAUGAAAACAUGAAUGCUUCAUAUGGAAAGCAAAUUCUGGUUCCCUCUCCUAUUCUGUGCCUGGCCUUCCUGCUGUUCUCAGUCAUUGCCAACGUAGGGACGGAAAAGAGAAAUAUAUCUCCAUAAUAAUAAGCAGCUGCUGAAGAGCUUCAAAUGAUAGUUUGCAAGCUAAAUAAAGGAUGAUGCAAAAUAUCUACACACACCGCAUACAUCCAAAACAUCUUGGGUAACUGGCACAUAUUAGUAAGUUGCAUUUUUGUCUGAAUACUGAAUUAAAAGUGGUUUCAGAUGCUUUUGUAAUCAAGUAUUAGGGUUUUAUUUUCCUUUUUUCUAACAAAUUUUGCAAUACUGUUAGUCAGAUUAUUUCUUAUUUGGUUAGAUCUGCAUCAGAAGACUUUCACUAACAUUUGAAUUCAGAUGAAGUAUAUAUAAUUGUCAUGUUUCUGACAACUGAAAUUUAAGCACAGAUGUGUUAAAUUUUGAAAAGUUAAUUUUAAUACUUGAACUUUGUUUUUUUUUAAAAUAAAAUAUUCCUUUGAAGUGUAUAUGUGUAAAUGUAGUAAUAUAAAAUAAACGUAUGUUAAUAUCUGACAAUGAA